AUGACUAUCACUCUCGUCAAUAAAGCCAUUGGCCCGAUCGGGUUUGGUCUCAUGGGCCUUACCUGGCGCGCCAACCCCACUCCAUAUGACGAGGCCGUCAAAGUCAUGAAGCGCGCUCUAGACCUCGGGGCCAAUUUCUGGAACGCUGGAGAAUUCUACGGUCCUCCACAUGCCAACUCUCUACAACUACUAGACUACUACUUCACCAAAUAUCCCGAAGAUAGCAGCAAAGUAGUCCUCAGCGUCAAGGGCGGUCUGGGCACCAAAGGUCCCGACGGCACCCCCGAAGGCAUCCGCGCCAGCAUUGAUAACUGCUUGAAACUCCUCAACGGCAAAGUAUUUAUCAGUAUCUUUGAGCCCGCGCGAGUCGACCCCAACACUCCCAUUGAAACCACCAUUGGCGUGAUAGCCGACUACGUUAAGGCCGGGAAGAUCGGCGGCAUCGGUAUCAGUGAAUGUAGUGAGCAGACAGUACGUCGAGCUCAUGCUGUACAUCCUCUGGCUGCUGUGGAGGUCGAGUUGUCUCUGUUUUCUACAGAGCCUUUGGAGAAUGGAGUUGCUGCUGCGUGUAAGGAACUGAAUAUUCCGCUGGUAGCAUACUCCCCAUUGUCUAGAGGAUGGUUGACAGGACAACUGCGCUCUUUGGAUGAUCUGCCUGCCGAUGACUCUCGGCGCAAUUAUCCUCGAUUCCAGCCGGAUGUGUUUCACCUCAAUCUGAAGUUGGUGGAGCAGUUGGAGCAGAUUGCUAAGAAGAAGAAUGUGACGCUAGCGCAGACUGCUAUUGCCUGGGUGAGGGCCCAGAAUAAGCUACCCGGCAAUCCGGUGAUUAUUCCUAUUCCCGGAUGCACUACGGUCGAUAGGGUGUGGGAGAACCUGGCUGAUGUAGAGUUGUCGGAGUCCGAGGUAAAGGAGAUUGCUGCAAUUCUGAAGGAGAUCCCCGUUCAUGGUGAUCGGUAUGGGGGAGCACUCGCCCGGUUCAUGAAUCUGUAG